UUCUUUGAAGCUCACGCCUCUUCAUUUUUCCCCCUGUUUUGACUUGUCUCUCAUUCAAUUCUCAAAGUUUCAACUCAACCAACUUCUUCAUUCCCAUUCUCUUUGUACUGAUCAAUCUCAUUCUUGAGUACCCAUUUUGUAAUUUCAUCUGAAUUGUACGAAAGGUUUGAUCUUUUCCAUCAAAUGAUUUUCAUUUGCAUAAAACUGGCCUAAAAAAGAAAGGUCCAAAUUGAUGUUUACCUAUUUGAAGUAGCCGACAUAAAAGAGGUCUAUCACUUUCCUUCUCUUUUUUAUUUGUUUGUUUCUAGUAGUUUGGUAGAUAGUAGAUUGCCAAAAGUAACUAUCUGCCUGAGUUUUCAAAGUUCGAUUUUGCCUUGUUGGAUAACAUACCAUGUGGGUUCUUGGUUGUUGCCUUUCCCACGGCCGACCUCCCAUAAUUAGAAAGAAAAAAAAAUUGGGUCAAAGAGGGGCUAAAGAUUUCAGAUUGAAUUGUUGUUGAUUAUUUGGUUUUGGUCUUUUCUAAUUGACAUGCAUUCUUGGAAGAUUGAACCGUUUCAAAUGGCAUAUAAGCUUUUCUUCUGAAUUUGUUUCCAUUUCGCAGGCCUAUAGUUCUUGAAUUAGAAGCUUGGGAUAUUUGUUGUUACAUUUAGUUUUAAUCUAGGGAGAAAGAUGCCAAGCUCUAGUGCAGAGAUGACUCAGAAUUCCCAUGCCAAUGGCUUGAUUCAGAGCUCCAAUGGUUCUUUAGAAGAGAAACUUGAUGAGCUUCGACAUCUGAUGGGCAAAACCGAAGGCGAUCCGUUGAGAAUUGUUGGUGUCGGGGCAGGUGCUUGGGGUAGUGUAUUCACUGCUUUGCUGCAAGACAGUUAUGGUCAUCUGAGAGAUAAGGUUCUAAUAAGAAUAUGGAGGAGACCUGGAAAGAUAGUUGAUAAGGCUACCGCUGAGCACUUAUUUGAAGUGAUCAAUUCGAGGGAGGAUGUGUUGAGGAGACUGAUUAGGCGGUGUGCUUACUUGAAGUACGUUGAGGCAAGACUAGGUGAUAGGACUCUGUAUGCAGAUGAGAUUUUGAAAGAUGGUUUCUGCUUGAAUAUGAUUGAUACUCCGGUUUGCCCUUUAAAGGUUGUUACGAACUUGCAAGAGGCUGUUUGGGAUGCUGAUAUUGUAAUUAACGGCUUGCCAUCAACUGAAACUCGUGUGGUAUUCGAGGAAAUUAGAAGGUAUUGGAAAGAAAGAAUAACAAUGCCCAUAAUCAUAUCUCUGGCAAAGGGUAUAGAAGCUGAGUUUGUGCCUGAACCUCGCAUAAUAACUCCCACUCUGAUGAUUAAUCGAGCAACUGGAAUCCCCAUUGAGAACAUUCUCUAUCUCGGAGGACCUAAUAUAGCUUCAGAGAUAUACAAUAAAGAAUAUGCUAAUGCUCGAAUUUGUGGGGCUGAAAAGUGGAGGAAACCUUUGGCAAAGUUCUUAAGGCAGCCCCAUUUUAUUGUGUGGGACAAUGGUGAUCUUGUUACUCAUGAAGUGAUGGGUGGUUUGAAGAAUGUCUAUGCCAUUGGAGCUGGAAUGGUAGCAGCUCUAACCAAUGAGAGUGCCACCAGCAAGUCUGUAUACUUUGCACUGUGUACAUCUGAGAUGAUAUUUAUCACUCAUCUCUUGGCAGAAGAGCCUGAAAAACUUGCUGGGCCUUUGUUGGCUGACACCUAUGUAACCCUGUUAAAAGGUCGUAAUGCAUGGUAUGGGCAACAGUUGGCCCAAGGGGGAUUGAACCUUGAGAUGGGCGAUAGCAUCAAGGGGAAGGGUAUGAUUCAGGGUGUCUCUGCUGUGAAAGGCUUUUAUGAGCUUCUUAGUCAAUCCAGCUUAAGCGUCUUGCACCCCGAAGAAAACAAAUCUGUAGCUCCUGUGGAGCUUUGCCCCAUCUUGAAGGUGCUAUAUAAAAUACUCAUCACAAGGGAGUUCCCUUUGCAGGCCAUCCUUGAUGCAUUAAGGGACGAAACCAUGCAUGACCCGAAAGAUCGUAUCGAGAUAGCACAGACUCAUGUGUUCUAUAGACCAUCUCUUCUUGGUAAUCAGCCUUAAUAAGAGAAAGAUGAUGACUAGUGUAGGUUCUCUUA